GGACGCACAACAGCAAAAAAUAACAACAUCUCCCUCCGCGACGUGUUGGCCUCUCGCGCGCGCCUUAUUUAUUUAUUUGUUCCGGGAUGUCGUAGGGGGGGAAGGGGUGGGCGCCGGUGCCCCAGUAGCCACAGCAGGGGGCAGCUCGCUCUCUGGGGGUACUGGGGACUUUCCGGAUGCGUGAGGCAGAGACAGGAGCCUGGCAGAAGCCUGCGGGCCGGGCUGGGGGAAGCCCCCGGCCCGACGCUGUCCGCGCCUCUGCCGCUGCCGCCACUGGCGCUGGCUGGGCUCCGGGAAGCUAGUCCGGAGCGGAGGAAUCUAUUGUUAUUUAUUGUGUGGCGGCUGCAUGCUGUACUCGCGGCGGCCCGGCCCUCGCCCGGGAGUGCGUGUCUGCGCGCGUGUGCGCGAGUGUGUGUGCGCGAGUGAGUGUGUGCGCGGGGUGCGCGCGCGGGCGGGAGUGGGCGCGCGCGGGGAAAGGCCCGAAAACACCUUAGUUUGCACCGAGAGACCAUUUGCAGCGGCCUUUCUUCCGAGCUCCCGGCGCUCUAUUCCUGUCCGGCAGACACGACUCCUCGGAGCCAGCGAGCCAAGGCGGCGUGCGCUUCGGGUGGGGACCGCGGCGGCGGCGGCGGCGCCGGCAGUCAAGAGUUUUCCAGUUGCCGCGGGGUCGCGGUCAUUUGCUGCCUCCGCCUCCCCUCGCCCCCGCCUCCCGCCUCCCUCCUACUCUGACAUCGUCGCGCUCGGAAACUUAGAACCCGAAAGUUUGCACGAAGAAAAGAGAGCGGGCAAGGGGCAGCGGCUGCGGCGCCGGGGACCAUGGUGCUGCCGGCGCCUCCUCCGCGGGCGUGAAGGCGGCGCUCCCACUCCCCCCACACUCCGCGGGUACGAAUAAAGAACUUGAAGAGCAGAAAGUCAGAGGCAAGACAGGCCCUGGGACUCUCCAGCUAGCUGUCCCCAUCUUCUGUGCAGGGGGAAGACUGACGAAGGUGACUGCUUCUACUGUGUGUCUCACUGCAGGAGAAGCCAUGCACAGCUUCUUUCGUUUUCCAUAGUUGUUCUUUUUUUUUUUUUUUUUUUUAAAUUUUGAAACAAGAGUCUCACUUCGUUGCCCUCCAUAGAGUGCUGUAGCGUCAUAGCUCAUAGCAACCUCAAACUCUUGAGCUCAAAAGUGAUUCUGUUUCCUCAGUCUCCCAAGGAGCUGGGACAACAGGUACCUGCCAUAAUGCCCGGCUAUUUUUUAGAGAUGCGGGUCUUGCUCUUGCUCAGGCUGGACUUGAACUCCCGAGCUCAGAAGAUCCACUUGCCUCGGCUUCCCAAAGUGCUGGGAUUAUAAGUGUGUGCCACUGCGCUUGUUUUUCAUAGUUCUUGACUUGAGGGGACUGAGAAGGAAACUUUCUCAUGCUGGUCAGUGUUGUGUGCUGGGUACCAUAAUUUAGGGACACCUCAUACUUGUUUAUUUUUUUGUUGUUGUUGCAGUUUUCUUUUUUUUGGCCGGGGCUGGGUUUGAACCUGCCACCUCCAGCAUAUGGGGCCGGCGCCCUACUCCUUUGAGCCACAGGCACUGCCCUUGUUUACUUUUUUUAAUAAGCAGAUAUUUUUUCAGGGAAAGUUUGAAAAUGUGAAAGAUAAUAUUGAGGUACACCAACAUGUAAUCAUUUUCUUCAAACAUACAUCUUAGUAAUUCCAGUAACUUUUCAUUUCUCAUCUAAUGUAGUAAGCCAGUAAUUUCCCAGUUACCUGUUCAGAAAGUUAUCUUUGUGAUGUGCUCCUCACUUUGUAUCUUUAAAUCUAAUUUUCUAAAACCUAUUCUUAUGAACCAAUAUAUGCAAAUGAUAUUAAACAGUUUUGUUUUCUGCUUAUUGUCAUAUAUUUUAUUGUGAACACUUUUUUGUUUCAUGAAAUACUCUGUUAAGAUGAUUUUUAAUGAAUGCUACAGUUCCAGUUGACCCUGUGCCUUGAUUGAUUUUACCAUCCUCUGUUUGUUGGAUGUUUACAUUGUUUCUAGUUUUUUGCUAACGUAAAUAGUGCUGUGAAGAACAUCUAGGGUGUACAUUUUAUUUGCAUCUACAAUAAUUUCCUCAGAAUAAAUUCUGCGAGUGGCUCAAAACAUGGUGCACAUGGACAUUCUCUUGACUGUGGCACCCGUUUGUUUUCCUUAAAAGGCCACGGCAGUUUCUACCUCAUUGGAGUUUGGCCAACAUUGAGUAAACUAAUCCUUCCUCCUUUUUAUUUUCAACAGUUUUCUAGGUGAACCAUGUUACAGAAUUCUAGAAAUACGCUUUUAUUUUCUAACUUAUGAAAUAGUCCUUUUCACACUGGUUUCUGGCCAUUUGUAUUACUUUUGUAACUUAUUUCUAUUUUUAUUAUGGACAGAAUUUAAAAAUACAGUGUGUUGUUAUUACUGCUUUAUAAGAGAUGUUUUAUAUUAUGGGCUUUAGCAUUUUUUCAAAUAGUAUAUGUUCACAUAAAAUGUGUUUGGAGAUAACUACUCCUGUUUUAUGUUUUAAUUCUUGUCAUUUAUACCUUUUAUUAUUUUCUAAGACAAAAUGAUUUUUCUAUCAGGCACAUUUAUUUUCUUAUAAUUGCCUUAUGUUUUUUCAUUUUCUUCCUUUUGUUCUUUUAUUCCUUCUGUUUUCUUUCUCUUUUUAGAAGUAUUUAACUCUCAAUCCAUUUUAUUUCAGUGUGUAUGUGAGACUAGGGUUUGAUUGUAAAAAAUAUUGCCUAAGGGCAGGAAUUAAAGAUGAGUCUGGGCUACUCACUGAGAUACUAUUUCUAUAAAAAAAUUAAAAAUUAGCUGGAAGUGGUAGGUAGUAUGCACCUGUGGUCCUUGGAGUUCCAGGUUACAGUGAGCUGUGAUUGUGCCAUUACAUUCUAGCCUGGGCAACAGAGUGCGACCCUGUCUCUAAAAAAACAAACCAAACAAAAUAAAAGGACUUGGCCAUACAUGUAUUGUGGCUCACACCUGCAACCCCAGCAAUUUAGAAAGCUGAGCUGGAAGGAUCACUUGAGGCUAGGAAUUCGAAAUUUGCCUGGGCAACACAGUAAGACCCUGUCUGUACAAAACAGAAACAACAAGAAAAGGCUAGGUGGUGACACAUCUAUAAUCCCAGCUUCUCAGGAGGGUGAAGUGAGAGGAUCAAUUUUGAUGGCAAACAUACUGUGGUAAAAACGAUUUUUACUAGAUUAAGAAACUCCUGGAACUAAUUUGUAUUUGGAAGUGAUUAUAGUGACCAUAUAUUUUGUAGUUGCAUGCACACUGCAAUAUAUAGCACUUGAGUAGAAACUAUAGCUAACUACCAGUAUUUAUAAAUAAUUUUAUAUAUACAUAGAUAAACUAGACAUUUCUUAUGUUGAGACUAAUGUUGAAUACAAUACUUGAGCUUUAAUAAGUAUUAGAAAUGUUUGAGAUGUUGAGAAACUGCUUUGUAAAUUCAUACAAGUAUUCCAUGAUGCUAUUAAACUUUUAUA